UUGCCUGAAGGAGAGGAGUGGGAGAGAUUAUUGGGCCAAGAAUUACGCAAAUAUACGAGUACCACUGGAUUCCCUGGCCCCUCCAGCAACGCUGCUCGAUCUCUACUGUGUAGUUGUCCGGAUGCGAAAGCCCCCACACAGUCCAAGGCAAGCAAAGAGAAACAACAAAGAUUCUUGAAAAUUGCGAGAGACACACCAUUACCCCUUUGCUGCUUUCAAUUAUCAAUCAAAGCACCCAACUUUCAAUCCGGGAGCUACCUAAUCAUCAUGCCAUCAGGUGCUAAGAAGCGGAAAGCUGCCAAGAAAAAGAAGGAAUCGGAAGUCAAGGGGGCCUCCCAACUUCCCAACUCUACAUCUCUCCCUGCUCCUCUCAGUCAUGGGGAAGAGGAUUUGAAGCAUCAUGAUGACAAAGACAGUGAUGGAGGGGAGCUUUGUUCCCCUGCAUCUCAGGAUAACCGAAGCCAAGACCAGUUCGUGGAGGGAGACGAGGAAGAGGGGGAUAAGAAAGUGGUUGUGGAAGAGGAAAGUGUUAUUCAUGUUGAAAGGGAAUUGAAGGGUUUGGAUGAACCCCGGGACCAGGAUAUAAAUGUUGAGUGCAUCGAAUCCUCGAGGGGAUCUCAUGAAGGAGGCUCGUUAAAGAGCUCAACUAGCAGCAGCAGCAGCAGCAGUUCAGAUGAUGAAUCUGAUGCUGCCGUCAAGAACAAAAUCACGGUUGAUAAUUCUCCUACUGGUGUGGAGAACGAACUUGAUUCUCUAUUGGCUGCUAAAGUUACAGAUAGCAUUCUUGAAACUGAAACUUGUAAAUCAGAUGUGGGAGCAGUGACAUCUAUUGAGUUGGACAAGACUGCAAUAUCUGAGGAGAUGAUACAAGUUGAAGAUAAUGCUAUGACCUCAUAUGCAAUUCAAUCAGAUCUGAUGAAAAACGAGGAGAAAAAGUUGGGUGUAGAUGAUGAGAGUGCUUCUAUCUCAGAAGUUCGAGUGGGUGCAACUCAAGAAAAUGGAGUUAAACAACCAACACCCGCAUAUGAUACUCCCGAAGUUGAUGUUAGUACUGGUGCUGAUCCUAUCAAAUAUUCUGAAAUUCCCGAGUGCUCUGAUAGCCAGCCUCCAGUGGGUUCAGUUUUACAACCGGUUCAAACAACAUCUUGGAAGGGUUGCUGUGGACUGUUUGAGCUGUUCACGGGAUCCAGUAGAUAAGUUCAGGAGAGUGUUAAACAUGCUUACAUUAUCAGCGAUGCUUGCUGGGCUUGGGUAAAUCGAAGAACUCCGCAAUAGUACUUUUCCUUCUCAAAGAAUAACUAGCUAGCGAAAGAGGUGAUUACACAAACUCAAACCUUAAAGCGGUCUAAGAGCCUUAUAUUUUGAAAAAAGCAGCUUGGAACUACUUGCUUCUGUGUUGCUUUCUCGUCAUCUUGUAGCAGUUAGCCCUAGUUUUCCUGCCCGUUUUCUACAUUUCAUUAGCGUGAUAGUCGUUUGUCUGUGCCAGGAAGCUUGAACUGCAUAUUCGUUUUUAGUUCUUUGUUUCAUAAUCAGUUUUCACUUUUACUA